GCAGGUUGACAGGGGAAGGCUUCUACGUCAUAUUUCUGCGACCCCGCGUGCUUGAUCUUGGUAGCGGCUGCGAAAGGACGCGGAGCAUGGGACAUUUAGGAGUAUUGUUCAUUUUGCUCCUCUGCUCGUGUCUCCGUGCCGGCGGUCACAAGCAAUGUAAAAAAGAUGAAUUUCCAUGCCGCAACAGCCGGUGUAUCGCCGGACGUUUUUUGUGCAAUGGUGUAAAUGAUUGUGGCGACAGGAGCGAUGAAGAUUCCUGUCAGAACUGCACCACCACUGGAGUCUUCUCCUGUGGUAAGUCAGACAUUUGUUUACCUGCACAUAAACUGUGUGAUGGACAUUUGGACUGUGCGGACGGACGAGACGAAGACCAGAAGAUGUGUGGCAUAGUCAAACCUUCUUCACAGUCUUCUGGCACAUGUGAAAUGUCAGAGUUUCAGUGUGUAGAUGGAAAUUGCAUUCUCCAUGCCUGGAGAUGUGACAACUCCCCAGACUGCUUUGACGGCAGCGACGAGGUCAACUGUGAUCAGAACGAGUGUCUAGUCAACAAUGGAGGCUGUUCACACAUCUGUAGUGACGACACGAUGGGUUUCCACUGCAGAUGCCCUGAGAACAUGAGGCUGGUGGGGGGCAGCCAGUGUGAGGAGAUUGACAGGUGUCUGGAGGCAGACGUUUGUGACCAGCUGUGUAUUUACAUGAAUGGCAACUUCACCUGUGACUGUAGCGAAGGUUAUGACAUGAAUCCAACCAGCACAGGGUGUAAAGCCAAAGGAGGUGAUGCUCAGAUGGUUUUUACCUCAUCUGGAGGCUUGAAGUGGACGAGUGUCACCGGAACAGGAAGACAGAACAGGCCACGUCCACCACAGUUGUCAGGAACUGGGAGUUUGGCAGCCUCUGCCUCAAACCGCACACUGUACUGGGCCCCACACGGACAAGGUGCCAUAUACAGGGUCUGGAUGGAUGAAAACCCUCAGAAACCCCUCCUAGUGCUGAAAGUGAAGGGUUCAGUGUCAGCUCUGGCCUUGGACUGGAUCCACCGGCUCCUUUACUGGAGCGACGUUGAAGGUGGCUCAGUCAACGUGGUCCUGUUGGACAGUUUGACACAGCAUCAGCUGACCUCAGGGCUGGACAGGCCUUCUGCACUGGCUGUGGAGCCGCUCCAGGGGCUGCUCUUCUGGGCUCAGUGUGGCAGCUUCCCAAAGAUAGAGAGGUCUGCUCUUGAUGGACGAGACAGACUGGCUUUGGUCACGUCAUACAUUCACUGCCCUUCUGCCCUGUCUUUAGACAUGCCUCGUCAGCUGCUGUACUGGGCCGACGAGGGAAGGAGAAGCAUCUCCAGAGUGAAUUUAAAAGGCCAGAAUCGCAAAACAGUGGUGGAGUCCAACGGCUACCUGGACCGACCCUUUGGCCUGGCUGUGUUUGAAGGCUUUGUGUACUGGAGUGACAAAGUGACUCAAUCCAUCUGCAGAGCAAACAAACACAAUGGCAGCCAACUCCUCGUACUACUGAAAGAUCUGACCUCACCUGGUGUUUUGACCAUUAUCCAGCCUGCUCUUCAGCCACAUGGACCAUCUGUGUGUGGACACGCAGUCUGUGGCGAUGACUGUGUCGUCAGCCUGAAGUCAGACAGACUAGACUUCAGCUGCAUUUCUACAGAGAAGGGAGAUAAUAAAUCCCGAGAAGACUCAACCCUCCUUCACGCAGUUCCUGUAUCAAGUCGGUCAGACGCCAUGUUUGCAGGAAUCCUGUCUCUCAUCACGUUUCUCAGCCUGCUGCUAGUGGGAAUGGCUGUUUGGUGGUGGAGGAGGGCAUGUGGUCUUUCCCCAUCUGUCACCGCUGAUAGUUUCUCCCUCGGUCAAUCUCAAGAUCCACUCAUCAUCCAGGGGGGCCCUGUGUGUCAAAACUCAUGCUCUGUAAAGGAAACCCUGAUUAAGCUGGACUUGGACAGGAAAUGAAGUGACCCAGAUGCUCAGAUGUCUGCAAUGCUACAAGACCUGUCACACUGCUGCCUCCAAGUUCUCACGUCUGCGCACAGUUGGUAAAUGCAUGCGACCAGGAAGGUGA